AUGUUCGCACCUACAUUUUCACUUCUCAAUCAACGAACAACAACAACAACAACGACAAACACUCACAAUCGGCUGUUCGUUGUCGGAGCAAUGACACUGCUAUUGCUCGUGUUCUUUUCAAGGUGCAUGGAGGCUUCCACUCAACAAUACAGAAGAUCGUCGGAAUCAAAGACCUAUGUUGCAGAUCCCACUUCUGAUAUUUACGUGAGAAUGGCACCCACAGACUACGAGAAAUGGAUGGCCAUGCAACCCUCAAUGGACAAGGUGUAUAAACUAUCCAGGCGUUCCAAUCGACGAAGAGAAUCAUCAAUCAGGAAGAAUUCUUUCUACAAAACAGAAUAUCUAUUUGUGUUGAGUGAUCAUAAUGAAAGUCCAAUGUUUUUUGUGGAUCGUGAUGAUGAUCAUGAGAUUAUCACAAUUCCGAAUGGGAUGAACAUUUCAGUCGUAUUCGAUACACUCGAUGAAGCAUUGGAUUAUGUCAACAAUAAUGAAACAGAUCCAGAGAGUGUUCGAUUUGUCAUUGUGAUGGAACAUGGAGAACAUAAAGUAGAAGGAAGAGAAGCUAGAAUUGCAAGACCAUACACCAGUAUCACAUCGACCAUGCCUAAAUAUCCAGAAAAAACAAUUAUUAGAGCUAAUGAUAUUUCUGGUCAGUUGUUGUUUUUGGACGCAACUCAUGACAUUGAUAUUCGUGGAAUCACACUUACUGGUGGAAGAUUGGCUGCAGCUAACUUUACUCAUCCUCAUGUGCCAAGAGCUUGUGGAAGUGGUCUGCUUAUUUCAAAUUCCAGAAAUAUUUAUGUAGAAUCAGUCAUAUUGGAGCACAAUAAGGCUGCGAUUGGUGGCAGUGUUUGUGUGUUUGCAAGUGCACAGGUGACAUUUCAUAAAGUUUUUAUCAGGAGUAGUAUUGCCUUUAUUAGAAAUCUUCAGUUAACAGAUAGUAUGAACCAUUUACAGUUCUCUCUUGCCUCCAAUUUUAAUAUUAAUCAAAGUAUUUUUGCACAAAACUUACCUGCACUGAAUGAUCCUGAAAAAGAAUACGGGUGUGGUGGUGGAGUUUCUCUCUUUGAUUCAAAUGAUACUAUUUUUUCUUCUUGCAUCUUUACAAAUAAUUCAGCCAUUAAUGGAGGAGCAAUUUUCACUUCAAAUUCAGAUUUUAAUAUCACGAAUAGCAGAAUUAGUGGAAAUACUGCAUACAAUCAAAGCAGUGCAAUUUAUAGUGACCUAAAUAGUGACAUUACCAUCGAUAAGGUUUACUUUUUAGAAAACAAAUGUGUCCGAUUGAGCUGUAAAGUCAUUUACUCUCCAAAGAAAGAGCUAUUAGAUGAUUUAGAUAAUUUUCGAGCUUUUAUUUAUCCCAUGAUAUGUAUCACUGGAAUACUUUUGUGCCUUGUAUUGUUCAGCAUCACUUGUUUUGAAUUGGGAAGAAUGUUCAAACAACGUAAUCAUUUCCGCAAUGUGGUUUGGGGUGAUAUUAUUUAUUUGUGGCUUCUUGGAGCGAUUGGGGUUUAUCGGCCUUAUCGAUCUGUUCCAAGACCUUUCAAUUGGUUCCACAGAACAGUGGUAAUUUUUGUCUUAAUUUUGGGAUGUGUUUUGCAAACCAUGCAAUCCAUUGUAGUUGCCAUGCCAGAGUUCUAUGAUAGCAUGGAUCGAGUGAGAUUUAUUCUGGGUGGAGUUCAAUCUGUGAUUUAUAGUGCAUUACCAUUAGUGCUUUAUAUUGCUUUGAUUAUUGCUGUGAAGGCAAGCUACAAGAGAUUAUUUGUCAAUUAUAAGCCACCCAUUCCCACCGAAGUAGAAAUGGAAGAAGAAAAAACAAGUCUCAUCAACUUUUAUCAAACUCAAAUUGAUAAGGAAUCUGAGGAGAAUGCCAUUAUUAAUGCAAGUCCAACCUCGGAAGCAACCACCUCAUUCAAGAAAAAGAAACGCAAAUACUUUUUUGAUUGGAAGAAGGACACGCAAAAAACAGGCCUUCAAAGAAGUAUCCACAAUCGAAGAGCACUCGCAGGAUGUAUUAUUUCAUUACUCUUUUUGCAUGGAACUUAUGGUAUUAUUAUUUUGGAUUGUUACAACUUUUUACAAUCGAAUAUUGAUAUUGCAAAAGCAACCAAUCAGACCAUUGGUAUUGAUACCAUUUCUAGCGCUAUAUUCUAUUUAAUGCAAUGGUAUUUGAAAUUCACAAUCAUGUCAAUGGUAUUAUUGACGGUAUUUCUACUUUGCAAUAGAAUUAAUUCGUACCAAAAUACAUUCUUCUCCACAUUGUAUCAUCAAUUAGAAAAAGCAGUAUUUAAUCUUCAAACUGGAGUUUACAGUUAUGUUCAUUUGAGAAAAGAAUGCAAACGAUUGGUGAGAUAUUCCUGGAUCUUAACCAUUACCUAUGUUCUCUUGUUUUUAGCCAUGUGUGUGAAUGAAGUCUUGAUGAUUUUGUGGGGAAGUUCUGAAUACAAAUUCUUUGCCUACUAUGUUGUUGUACUCACCAUCAUGAUGUUUUUAAUUACUCAUGUGAGUUAUACCAGUAAUCAUUGGACCAGUUUUAGAUUUGAUGACUUUUUAGCAGCCGUUCCUCACUCCAUUACGUACGAUUAUGGAAUUUUCUUCGUGCCUGGAGCGAACAAAAAGUUUAAUAUUUCAGAUGCAAAUGCAGACAUUUCAGGGAGCAACAAUAAGAAUGGAAAUAAUAGUAUUGGUAAACCACAUGUGGGGAGUGGUAACAUGUCGAUGGAUCAUGGAACCUUCCCUACAUCAUCGGAUAGUAAGGACAGUAAGGCUGAGAAAUUACUUCGAGAUUUGACCUUCUUCCACAUGUAUAUUCGUGAUCGAACCUUUGCUUAUCGAUUUCCUCUUGAAAUUCAAAUGCAAACCUAUGUAGUAGUUUCUGUGAUUGGUUUGAUUGGUACCGCGUACGCACUACUGAAAUAUGUUUCUUCCAUCUUUGAGUCCUCUCGUUACUAUCAAUAUUUGUAA